CAAGGGAAAGUAUGUGUUAAGUAGUCAAAGCUGAGAGUGUCUUGCAAUAUGAAUUUUUGGAUACCAUUAAAAGUGCACGAAGUUUUGACAUAUUAUGUCAGCUUCUUUGCUUGCUCCCUCUCAUUGUAAUUAUUUUUAUUAGUCCCUGCUUAAUGUUUUUAUUUCUAGCAUUAGUAUGUUUUGAAAAUUGUGUAAAUUGAAAAAUUUAAUCUUAUAUCAAAGUUUUUUUUGUUUUCAUUAAAUUAUUUUAAAAAUUAUUAAUUUUUUGAUUUAUCAUUAGAUGUUUCAUUUUUUAGGAGGUUUAUUUUUUUUAUUUUUUUGAAAAUAUUUGCUAUUAUUAUUUUUAUUAUUAAGAGUAUAUUGCAAGCCAGCUGUCAAAUUGCAUACUUGUUUAAUCAAUCUUAAAUAUUUAAAUGUACUACAUAUUAAAUCGGGUACGAGAGCAGGCGGCAGUACACAUUGUUUAAUGGUUGCUACUAGCUAUGACAGGCGGUGGUGUACGUGCCUUGUUGUUGCUGCUUCUACAUACUUCUUGCAUUCGCCUCAACUUUUUAAUUAUACUUCUAGGUUUUUCUACCAGCUGCUCUCUGCUAUGUUUGUUGCUCUCUGUUAGGGUCUCGGUGAAUCAAAGGCAUUAAGGUGCUGCAAGGGACUCAAUGAAUCAAAAGGAAAUAAGGUGUUUUAGCGGAAACAAAGAUCUGGUGGGUCAUAUACUAGGGUCAAACGCAAAAGAUUUAAUACAAUCUUGCAUAUAGCUGUUGAACGGAACGAUGUGGAUACAAUAAGGAGUUUAAUAGGGGAUUGAACCCCAACUUUGCUACUCUGUUAAUGACAAGGAAGAAACUCCGCUUUGUGUGGCAGUGAAAUUGGGGCAUCUGGAAGCAGUACAAUUGUUGAUAAAGAAGAGGCCAGACACUGUCAAAAUACGGAAUAGUUGUGGAAUGAACGUAGUAAAUUUAGCCGCCCAAGUUAGCCAUGUGCGAAUUGUUGAUUACUUGAAUGAAAAGGUAGGUUUGUUAGACUUGGUCAACAAAGGACUUGAGAAAUCUCCAGAGGAAAAGCUCCUGCAAAGUGGAGAAAACACAGAUCCUUUUUCAAAGAUAAGUAACGGAGACACACCUCUGCAUAUCCCGGCGAAAAGGCCCCUGCAAAGUGGAGAAAACACGCAUUCCACAGAAAAGAAGGAUCCUUUUUCAGAGAUAAGUGAAGGAGACACAACUCUUCAUAUUGCAGCCAGGAAGAAAAACUUCAAUUUGUGCACAAGACUCCAUAAUUAUCAGCUGACUAUGAGUCAAAUGGAGCAAUCCACUCCUAUGGCUCCAAGUGAUAAGGGGGAGAGUGUUCAACAACCGUUUGCAAAUUUCAAACCAACAAAAAGCUUCAUCAUGUUCAAUGAUACAAUCAACAACAACCAUGUGAAUGCUACAACAGGUUGGCUUCAAGAUUGAUCCAAGAUUUGGCAACAAAAUUCACAUUCCAAUCUGGUUUUCUACUUGUAAAACCCAUUUUUCACUAGUAG